UUACACCGCUCUCCCUCACAAAUAUUGAUCCGACUUUGUUCGAAGACGACGACGACCCAGGAAGACCCUUGGAAUCUCUCUCUUCUAUCCUCCAUGGCUUUCGUUGAACGCGGUGUUGUGAAAUCAAAGCGAUCUAUAUGGCGCCUAAAGACUAUCACCGACUUCUUCUGGGCCUUUGUUAACUUCAUAGGCGUUUUUGCAACUAUGUUUUCGAUGGAGAAAUCAGAUGCUUACAGAAAAGGCUCUGGUGCUAGCAAGAAAUGGGAUGGUGGUGGCCCUGGAGGUCCUGGAGGAGGACCAUAUGGUGGUGGGCCACGCGGGCCACCUCGUGGACUAGACAAUGUCCGCGGACUUGAUAGUGUUAGAGGGGCUGACCAUAGUUCUUUACCUGCAUGUGGCUCUUGCUGUGUUAAGCCUCAGAGGAAUCUCUUGUGCACUUACAACAUUGUGUCUCUAGUGUUUGGAAUGGUGUAGGGAAUUACUUCCAUGAUAUCGUAAGGAACUGAAAUUGUGUCUCAAGUUUUAUGCAAGGAACUGAAAUUGUGUAAUAUGUGCAUCUUGACAGACUUCUAAAGAGAACUUAAUAAACAUUGAUGACUCGAAUGUAUAAA